GGGCAGUUGGAGAGCAGGAGGGGUCCUGCGGGGAGUGACAGACGCAGAGACGGAGCCGAGGGCGUCGGGGAGGGAGGGAGGGAGAGCGGCCCAGCGGCGAGGCAGCGCUAUGGCGAGGAGCGCAGUUUCCCUUGCCUCUUUCACCCUCCCCCGAGUGACCUUCUUCAGCACAGAAGUAUAUCAGCCUGCAAAAAUCUCUUCCUUGGAUGCCAGGUUGAAGUUGACAAUUGUGUAACAGUUGUCUCUCUCCUCCUGAGACUUGCUCAUAUAUCACCACACAUUUUUAUGAAGUCAGCUCAUCUGAUUCUGGAAGAUUUGAAUGCACAGAGGAGACAUUUUACACUGCCGUUUUGGAUUGCUGCCAUCACUGUGACGCCCUGAUCGCUAGACACCAUGUACUGCCUCCAGUGGUUACUGCCUGUUCUCCUCAUCCCAAAGCCCCUCAACCCAGCCUUGUGGUUCAGUCACUCAGUGUUCAUGGGCUUCUACCUACUGAGCUUUCUGUUGGAGCGGAAACCUUGCACAAUCUGUGCCUUGGUCUUCUUGGCCGCCUUGUUCCUCAUCUGCUACAGUUGCUGGGGGAAUUGUUUCUUGUAUCACUGCUCUGGCUCCCAGCUGCCGGACUCUGCUCAUGAUCCCAAUGUGGUUGGCACCUAAAACCCUCCACCUGGUUGCAAGCUCCUUAUUUCUUUUUCUUUUAAAAGGACGGUUUUAUGGGAAGGAGGGUUAUAAGGCAUGUGAUUAGAGUACAAGCAACCCGUUUGUAUGUCUGGAUUAAAGUGUUUCAUUCAUGAUCACCUGCCCUUCCACAAUCUGCCUGUAAAAUUUUACAAAAGCUGUUUAUAUGGUGAUAACGUUGUUGUCCUGGGGUUGAAACAGAGCAGUUGGUGGGUGGCCUUUUCCCACCCCAUUUUUCCUGCCCUGUAUUACCUGUGUUUGGUCCUAUUUCUGACUUGGUGGUGAAGAGACGUUUUGAGUGUUGCCUGAUGCCGGAGUGGUCUCACUCCUUGCCUAGUUGAGGAUGCAGCCAUCAGUACUCUGGAACAUGUGUCAUCUGAUCCUGUUGAAAUUGGAAUGCCUUCUCUCCAUUUUGCUUUUGAUAAAGAGCUAGUGUUCCUCAUUCCGAACAUCGGGGGGGGGGGAUUUGCAAAUGGCUAAUAAAGUUUAAAAGCUGUUGGAGCCAGGAGACUGCUGAUUCAUCACAGCAGGCCAAACUGGAAUGUGUGCACUGCCUGAGUCCUUUCCAAAAUACUUAUCUGCAUAGAUCAUAGCUCAAAAAUCUCAGAGUUGUCAUGAUGCCACUUUUACUACACAGGCACUGGAGCAUGUCUCACCACCCCACCCAGCCAGAUAUCCACAGUUUUACCAGUGGUCUUGAAUUGGAAAAGAAGCAUGCUCUGUUGUAAUGUUUCAGGAUCCCUCUUAUUAUUUUUACUGUUGACUUUUAAGCUCUCAGUGUUUCUAACCUGAAAAGGCAAACGGCAAAUGCAAGUAGAGAAACUUGUAUGUGCUAAGCCUGACAUGAGAGGUAUGGGCUGCUUCUGGAUACUGGAUUGGAGUUGUCACAUGAGUGACUUGCUGCUUUUCUUUCUUUCUUUUUUUUCCUUUUGAGGCCAAUAGUAUUAUUACUAUCACUCAUCAUAAGUAAAUGAGCCUGUGCAUGAAUGCAUGGGAGGAAGAAAGCAACUAAUGGUUAAGCUGCAGCUCUUCAUGUGGUUCUGGGAAACCUUUUUGUGGUGAUGCCUGGAUCAUAGCUUUAUCCCCACCCCCAGGCUUUCACUCACUUGCACAUCAGUAAUUUCCAGAAAUAUAUAUAUAUGUUUCUUCCUUAGCAAACGUUUGUUUGACUGAAGCAUAAGCUAGUCCUUUGGGGGAAGCAGGCAUACACUUUUGGGAUAACAUUUCAAGGUUAUGCUCUUGUUUUGCCACCUGUUUAGCUCUGCACAAUCUUUCCCUGGAAGAGCAUUGCUGAAAAUGCUUUUUCUUUCCAGGGGAGUUGGAACUGAGAAACCAAUCGUGAAACCUCCACAGAGAAUUUUUUUGUUUUUGUUUUUUUGUUCAUUGCACAGCUGUUCAACAGGUUUAAUAAAGCUUUAUAAACUUUGGUCUGUGGACUAGUGCCAUUUAUGAUGCAGUAACUCUCGUUGGACUAAGGCCUUCAGAUUUGCAGCAUUUUAACUCCUCUUGCCCCUGCCCGCUUCUGUUCCCAGGACAAUUUGUUUGGAAGCCAAAGCAAAGAAUAGAGUUCAAAGCUCUUGUUUUAUUCACUUUCAUGUGGCAGUUCAGACACUGACCUGCUGACCCUUCUCACAAAGUGUUUUGAUGACCAUUUUUCUGAGUUCAGAAAGCACUAUAGUGUUUUUUUUUUGGGGGGGGGGAUAACUUAUCACCUAGGCUAUGUCAGUGCUUGCAGAACUAUAAAAUUGGAAUGGAGGUGGGAAACAAUAAACAAGAAACCAGAGGGGAGGUUACAGUGGAAAGGAUAGUUGGGGAAAGUGGCAGCAGCCAGGCUAGAUGACAACACGGCUUAAAAGA